AAGGGAUGGAACGAAGAAACUCUGGACGACCACUUCAAGUGGCAGCGGACAGUUGCGGACAACCCGGAUAAAAAAGUCGCCUCUACAUGGUUUCACAUGAUGAAGAAGGUGAUGCAGGAAAUCGACCUCGCAUCCGGUUGUAUUUCCCCUCUCAAGCCCAUCGAGUUCCUCGACGUAGGCUGCUCUUCUGGGGGCUUGAGCUCAUACGUUCUUCGCAAGAACAGACACGCUCGUGGGACAGGUAUAUCUCUCCCAGCUGUUCAAGGCGGCCAUAUCUUCCUGCUCGAGGAAUCCUUCCUUCCGCGCUAUGAGUUCAUCGAGAAGGAUAUACUUGCAUACGAUAUCUCACCAUUCCGUUCGGAUUCGACCACUGUAUCUUCACAAAGACUCCCAGGCCGUUUCCUCCGUCGCUUCUCCCUGGUGCUCUUAGGCGAAAGCGCGUCACGCACCUACCACCAUCCCGUGGAGCCUGCGCCAGAAGACAGGAAGACCGUAUAUGGCGCAUAUCGUGACAGUUUGCUGAUCACGCAACUUAUAAUCGGGCUCGAAACUGUCUGUCCCGGGGGCACAAUAGUCAUGAGACUGUCCCAUGUCGAAUGCUGGCCGUCGGCUAUACUCCUCUACCUCCUCGAUCAUCUUUCGGACAAGCUCACCGUCCACAAGCCACGUACCAUGCAUGCCAGCCGGGGUACAUGCUUUGUGAUUGCCAAAGGUGCUUGUGGAAUGCAGCACGCAAAGGCCAGACAGCAAUACCUCUCUGGAUUGCGAGAGCUUUUGGUUCAGCUUCGCAGCGGUGGACGUGGAGGGCGUGGGCGCAUGAUCUUGCCCGGAGACCUCGACUUUGUCGCCACAGCCGAGACUAUUCUGACGGAGUAUCUAGAUCGUUUGAUCGAGCUAGGCCGAGGAGUUUGGUCCACCCAAGUCCAGGGUCUUGACAGACUGUUCCGCAAGAAGGGCAUACAGUAA